CGAGAUGCUUUCCUCCCCCCCAAAAAAAAAGUAGCAAAAGUGGCUUCUAUAUUUCCCAUCGAAUCCAAUUCCUCUUACAAUCUGGAUUUCACCUCUCAUAUUCAACAUUUCUAAACUUGAUUCAUCUUCGAAGCCAAUCAAAUGACUAACGUGGUAGAAUUGAAGGUGGGAUUACACUGUGAAGAGUGCAUUAAGAUGAUCUUAAAAGCCAUCAAGAAGAUCCAAGAUAUCGAGACGUAUGAUGUUGAUACGAGGUUAAAUAAGGUGACCGUUACUGGAAAUGUGACCAAUGCACAAGUCGUCAAGGCUCUACACAAGAUCGGGAAGCAGGCCACCAAUUGGGAACAAGGUUCAACCACAAGCUAUUAGAUCGCCUCAUCUUGUACUCGUUUCCAACAAUGCUCUAACAAUUUUUUUUUUUUUAAUUUGUAUUGUAAUCUACUAAUCUAUAUCUACCAGAAAUAAUAAUAUUAUUUGUUAGUUAUAAAAA